GUUUUAUAUAAAUAAGAUAAUGAAUGAAUUAACGCGCCAAGGCCUCUAACUAAGUAACUAACUAACGAACUAAAUCUUCUGCGCCGCCGCCUGCGUUGGUUUCCUACCCGAACAAAAAUUCCUUCGCCUUUCGGCUCUCGUCACGUUUACCCAACUGUCCUCUCCCUCUUCCGGUCUUCUCUUCCUCGCUCGCUCGCUCGCUCGUUAUCAAAGAGAGAAGAAGUUGCAAGCAGCAGACAAUUGGUGUGAUCCAUCCAUCUCCCCUGUUUUCCAUUCCUAACUUCCCCUGUUUCAUUAUUGUUGCUCUGUUUCUGCUACAGCCACAAGCGAUCAACUCAUCCAGAAUCCCGAAUCCAUGGAAGACAAUGAUGAGUUGAAGCACCUAUGCAAAUACUGCGGCAAGCGCUUCCGUAGUGGCAGAUCGUUGGGAGGUCACGUAAGUUCUCAUAGAGAAUGGAUCUGGGAAAGCUCACUCGAAGUUGAUGACGGCGUCACAGGCAUCUACAAAAAGAAGCUCCGUCCUCUCUCGGACUACGCUAUGGAGGUAGAGGAGGAGGAGGAGGAGGAGGAUGUGGAAGCCUUUCUGGCGUCGUUGGACCCUAACCAUGAAACAGUCCCCAGUCGGACUGUGUCAAAAUUGUUAGAUAAACGAGCAAUCGGUUGCCUCACCGCCCUUGUCGAACGCAAACUCCCUCACAAUCGCUUGGAUCUGUUUGCUUUUUCUAGCUGCAACAAACCCCUCAUAUCUACGGCUGCUUGGAUGGGGUUUCAUGAGGCGGUCGGGUUGUUUUUGCGCCACGGGGUUCCUCCGAGUCAUGGACAACCAGGGCGGCUUCCCAUCGAUUACGCAUUAUACUCCAGUUGUGACGACCAGUGGGAUUUGCUAGGCCGGUACGAUAUUAAUUAUCCGCAAAGGCUCUGUAGUUUGAUGCUCUGGCUCCCCGAAUGGAUCAGCGAAUAUUUCAAUUGGUGGCACACGGUCAAGCUGCUGGCACGCACCACCGAACAGGGGAUCCUGGAGAUGAGGAUUUUCCAGUAUGCAAGGAACGGCCAAGGCGCGAAGCUGCUCUGGCUCCUGCUUGUCGUCCCUGACCGAGUUCUCUCCCCAACAUUCUUCAGGGACACCCUUCUCCAGCAGCGGUUUGGAACCGCCUCUUUGUCCCUCCGCGAUUUCCUUAUUGCCCAGCUUGCUUUUGUUACCGGCCUUAGCUUCACCAUCGAACCUAAUCGUCGUUUUCCUACUGACAUUGAUCACACCAUCGAUCGCAAUCGUCCUCCCCGCCCUGAUUCGAUCCGCGGGCAUUUGCGGUACAAGAUGUUGAGCCUCACUUGUUCCCUGCGUUUGCUCGAAGUCUUCCGCAGGGCUGGCCCCCAGUUGUGUCACUCGAUGGAAAUGUUAGAGAAGGAAAAGGAAAAGGGAAGGGAAAGGGAAAAGCAGAGGCAAAUGUAUCCCCUUCUUCCCGAUUACCCAAUUGCUCAACAAAUCAAGACUGUGCUCAAGGAAGCUGGCUUUACUAUGGCUUCUCUCCGUUGCCCGGUCAGAGUCGCUCACCGGAACUAUAAGCCGGAGCCUGACUAUCGCUGGACUCCCCAAAGAGACGACUACCCUGAAUUGGAGUUCUUGAUUCGACCACCGCAUGUCUGCAAAAGUAAAAUCCUUGAUUCAGACUUCAACAAGGUCAUCAAGAAGUUAUGCCAUCAUCCUUACCUGAAGGAAUGGACAUCCCAAAUGUCAAUUUUUAAGUUGCUUUUUAUAUUUUGCCUCCCUGACCUGGUGGAAGAGAUGCAAUCCAUGAUACUGUUGGAGUCCAAGUACGUCAACCCUUCAACUAUUAUCCAACGUGCGUAUCUUGCUGAGUUAUGCUUCAUCUACAUUAGGGAGGGCAGAAUUGUUGAGUUCACAGCUGCUCUAAUGGCCACACAAGUUCUUCUUCGGUUGGGUUAUCCACUACGCCCUCAAACAUCUCGUAAUAGCUUUAAUAAUGUGGAUCAUCCUCAUCAAUCUCAUUUCCCUACUGUAUAUGAAUUGUUACUGCAUGCUUUGAUGAAAGUGGUUGAUGAAGAAAUCAGCUUAACAGGAAAACCUAAGGACAAUGACUCUAUUCAGAUUUGCAAGGAGAAAAAAUCGGUGAUAUCUUCGGCUUUCCUACUAAUAAAGAUAUUUGAUACAUCUGCGCAAGAUAUUCAUUGGUAUCUUCACUCACCAAGAUAUAAGAAAGUUAGAGAUUUGGAGCUGAUAGUAAACGAUGUUGCUUCCUUGCUAAAAGGCGUCGGCUUUGUGUUGAGAUCUCAAGAUACUUGUGUGAAAGACUUAAGAUGUUUCUCAAGCAAAUCUAGUAUCGACGAAACCAAGUUAGAAGGAAGAUCAUCAUCAUUUGAACCACUUUCGCAUACAACAAAGUCGGUGACAAUUUCCAGAAGAACCAUAGAACGAUCAACGUUCGUUGCUUCACCCAUUGGCAAACUUUCAGCUCGAUUUUAUCACUCAUUCUCGAUUUCGAGGUUCGAAGGAUCGAAGCCCUCAUCAUUACCUUUAACAAAUAAGGUAAAUUUUGUUGUGAAAAAACUUAAGGGAACAAAACAGCUGGAAAAUGCAUCUGGGAAAAGUUGGAGGUUCUUAAGAGUGAUAAAGAGAGUAAUGACAUGGUUCUGAACGACAUAUAAAUAUUCUUUUGAUGCACCUUAGCUGUAUUCAUAGAUGGUAGAAUUAACUAGUAUCAGUGGAUAUGUAUUGGGACUCGACUCCACUCUUAAUCCUCAUGCUCACCUCUUUGAGGGUAUCUGAAGAUAAGUCCAAUCAUGGAUCGACCUCCCAGAGGACCAUCGACAUUUCCAGGGAGG